ACACCUGCGGUGACUUGCUGGUGACUCUACAGUCCCUGAGCCGCCAGGGUGAGAAGCGGAGCCUCCAGCUCUCCGGCAAGGUCAACGCCAUGACUUUCACCUUUGACAACGUGCUCCCUGGAAAAUACAAAAUAAGCAUCAUGCAUGAGGAUUGGUGCUGGAAGAACAAGAGCCUGGAGGUGGAAGUGCUGGAGGAUGAGGUGUCUGCAGUUGAGUUCAGGCAGACGGGCUACAUGCUGAGAUGUUCCCUGUCUCACGCCAUCACUCUGGGGCCCAGCAGGGAGCUCGUAUGCCGCUCGUGCCUGAAGCAGACGCUGCACAAGCUGGAGGCCAUGAUGCGCAUCCUGCAGGCAGAGACCACCGCGGGCACCGUGACGCCCACCGCCAUCGGAGACAGCAUCCUCAACAUCACAGCAACUACACCGUCUCCACCAAGGUGGCCUCGAUGGCGUUCCAGACACGGGCCGGCGCCCAGAUCCCCAUCGAGCGGCUGGCCUCAGAGCGCGCCAUCACCAUGAAGGUGCCCAACAACUCGGACUGGGCUGCCCGGGGCCACCGCAGCUCCGCCAACUCCGUUGUGGUCCAGCCCCAGGCCUCCGUCGGUGCUGUGGUCACCCUGGACAGCAGCAACUCUGCGGCCGUGCUGCAUCUGCAGCUCAACUAUACGCUGCUGGACGGCCGCUACCUGUCUGAGGAAUCCGAGCCCUACCUGGCAGUCUAUCUGCACUCGGAGCCCCGGCCCAAUGGGCACAACUGCUCGGCUAGCAGGAGGAUCCGCCCAGAGUCACUCCAGGGUGCCGACCACCGGCCCUACACCUUCUUCAUUUCCCCGGGGAGCAGAGACCCAGUGGGGAGUUACCAUCUGAACCUCUCCAGCCACUUCCGCUGGUCGGCGCUGGAGGUGUCCGUGGGCCUGUACGCGUCCCUGUGCCAGUACUUCAGCGAGGAGGACAUGGUGUGGCGGACAGAGGGGCUGCUGCCCCUGGAGGAGACCUCGCCCCGCCAGGCCGUCUGCCUCACCCGCCACCUCACCGCCUUCGGCGCCAGCCUCUUCGUGCCCCCAAGCCAUGUCCGCUUUGUCUUUCCUGAGCCGACAGCGGAUGUAAACUACAUCGUCAUGCUGACAUGUGCUGUGUGCCUGGUGACCUACAUGGUCAUGGCCGCCAUCCUGCACAAGCUGGACCAGUUGGAUGCCAGCCGGGGCCGCGCCAUCCCCUUCUGUAGGCAGCGGGGCCGCUUCAAGUACCACGGCCCACGUGGGCAUCAUGCUGUAUGGGGUGGACAGCCGGAGCAGCCACUGGCACCUGGACGGCGACAGAGCCUUCCACCGCAACAGCCUGGACAUCUUCCGGAUCGCCACCCGCACAGCCUGGGUAGCGUGUGGAAGAUCCAAGUGUGGCACGACAACAAAGGGCUCAGCCCUGCCUGGUUCCUGCAGCACAUCAUCGUCAGGGACCUGCAGACGGCACACAGCACCUUCUUCCUGGUCAAUGACUGGCUUUCGGUGGAGACGGAGGCCAACGGGGGCCUGGUGGAGAAGGAGAUGCUGGCUGCGAGCGACGCAGCCCUGUUGCGCUUCCGGCGCCUGCUGGUGGCUGAGCUGCAGCGCGGCUUCUUUGACAAGCACAUCUGGCUCUCCAUAUGGGACCGGCUGCCUCGUAGCUGUUUCACUCGCAUCCAGAGGGCCACCUGCUGCGUUCUUCUCAUCUGCCUCUUCCUGGGCGCCAACGCCGUGUGGUACGGGGCUGUUGGUGACUCUGCCUACAGCACGGGGCGUGUGUCCAGGCUGAGCCCGCUGAGCGUCGACACAGUCGCUGUUGGCCUGGUGUCCAGCGUGGUUGUCUAUCCCGUCUACCUGGCCAUCCUCUUUCUCUUCUGGAUGUCCCGGAGCAAGGUUAUCAAUACUCUGGCUGACCUUCGUCAUCGUGGGACUGACUUUGGUGGAAGUCUUUGGUUACUUAUCAUUACUGUGUUUCUGAGAAGUUAUAAAUUUGCCAUCUCCCUCCGCACAAGUUACCUUUCUGUUAUCAAUACUCUGGCUGACCUUCGUCAUCGUGGGACUGACUUUGGUGGAAGUCUUUGGUUACUUAUCAUUACUGUGUUUCUGAGAAGUUAUAAAUUUGCCAUCUCCCUCCGCACAAGUUACCUUUCUGUUAUCAAUACUCUGGCUGACCUUCGUCAUCGUGGGACUGACUUUGGUGGAAGUCUUUGGUUACUUAUCAUUACUGUGUUUCUGAGAAGUUAUAAAUUUGCCAUCUCCCUCCGCACAAGUUACCUUUCUGUUAUCAAUACUCUGGCUGACCUUCGUCAUCGUGGGACUGACUUUGGUGGAAGUCUUUGGUUACUUAUCAUUACUGUGUUUCUGAGAAGUUAUAAAUUUGCCAUCUCCCUCCGCACAAGUUACCUUUCUGUUAUCAAUACUCUGGCUGACCUUCGUCAUCGUGGGACUGACUUUGGUGGAAGUCUUUGGUUACUUAUCAUUACUGUGUUUCUGAGAAGUUAUAAAUUUGCCAUCUCCCUCCGCACAAGUUACCUUUCUGUUAUCAAUACUCUGGCUGACCUUCGUCAUCGUGGGACUGACUUUGGUGGAAGUCUUUGGUUACUUAUCAUUACUGUGUUUCUGAGAAGUUAUAAAUUUGCCAUCUCCCUCCGCACAAGUUACCUUUCUGUGUCUUUCCUGAAGACUAUCUUGCCGUCUCAAAAUGGACAUGAUGGAUCUACGGAUGUACAGCAGAGAGCCAGGAGGUCCAACCACCGUAGACAGGAAGGAAUUAAAAUUGUCCUGGAAGCCAUCUUUACUUUAUGGAGACAGGUGAAAACCAAAGUUCAAGCUAAAAUCCAUAAGACGAAGGUGACAACAAAAGUCAACCGUCAUGACAAAAUCAAUGGAAAGAGGAAGACCGCCAAAGAACAUCUGAGGAAACUAAGUAUGAAAGGACGUGAGCAUGCAGCAAAGGCGAGGCAGCUAUCAGAGGCAGAGGAAAAUGGGAAAUUGGAUAUGAAAGAAAUACACACCUACAAGGAACUGUUUGAACGUGCGCAAGCGUUGCGGCGGCGGGCAGAGGACUACUACAAAUGCAAAAUCCCCCCUUCUGCAAGAAAGCCUCUUUGCAACUGGGUAAGUUUGCUUGUUUUCCUUGCUUUUGGACAUAGUCUGCCAGGUCAGGACAUGGAUACAUUUUUCUCCCUACGGCUCUGUGCUCAAGCCCUGCAGAGGGAGAUGGCAGAGAGGAAGGCUGCCUACAAGCAUCACAGUCCCAUCCCUCUUGGUAACCGUGUUGUGCAAAAACACCUUCAUCCCCACCCAGUGGGGCCCCGAUCUAAUAUUCUAAGUGUCAGAGGUUCCGUAUUUGUAAUAGCAAAUGGGCCCUGACUGUAAAUUAGUGAAGAGUGAAUGCAACUUAUUACCCACAGGGACAAUUCCAAAUGAAGGCCUUAAAUGAUGCUCAGCUAAGCUGGUUCUUGUGUGGCCUCUGUACCUUCAAAAGCUGCUGAGUCCUAUGAUUACACGUGAUGGGACUUGUACACUUGAAGUGAAACACAGUUUUAAAACUUGCUUUGCUUAGAAUUCCCACUUCAUUUUUGCAUGGACAAAAGUAUUCUUUAUGUCCUAGUGCACUUACAAUUUGGUAUUACCUGGGAGUGAAAAGAAAUAUUACAGCCAUGCCUAACUGACUUCUUGAGGUAAGAUUGUUCUGUCAGAAAACCCUCUCCCAGUUCCCCUGCAGCUCUUCAGGAAUCCACAUCUCUCCAGAGCUCUUUGUUCUCAUGGGUGGCACCUCCAGAGUGAAGAAGAUUCUUUGUCAAGAAGGGAAACAGAGGGGAAAUGAGAGGGUCCUGCAGGCAGAGCUGGAAUCAACUUCCACUCUGCCUCUUGCAAGCUGUGUGACCCUGGGCACAAUUUCUCCUUCCUCUGGAAACCUCUGUUUUCUUGGAUUUGGAGCAGGGUGGUCACACUGACCUUGCAGAGUUCUGAGAAUCAGAGACAGAACAUAAAAGGCCUGGAAAACAUUCUCCAAAAAGAAGCUGCAACAUGUGUGGACAAUGGGCUUUUCAUGCCUCUCUUACUGUCUCUUACUGUCUGUUGACCUGGUGCAAGAAACAUGCUCUGGUGAUGGCUGUGAGGGAGGAAUGAGGAUAGACAUAGACACUCCUGUGUCUCAAACAUGCUUCUGUAUUACUCCGUUAUGACUCUGUCUUCCCUGGGGCAGGACCGCAGCCUGCCUACAUUUGCAGACAGACACAGUGGCAUGUGGAGACAACAGUGUGUCCCAAUGACUUUUCUUUACCCCCCAGCUGUCGGCAGUACUCAGUGGAAGGGUGAUAUUAUGACACUGAUACUGCUAUUCUGAAACCUGGAGGAUGGAAAGGUGCAAAAAUCUAUCACCAGCAACAGAAGGUGCAGACUGUGUUGGUGGCGGUAAUUUUGUCCAUCAAAUGAAUAUGUGUGAAAACAUUCCCUCCUUUGGCCCUACAGGUCAGAAUGGCGGCAGCGGAGUAUCGUCAUUCUUCAGGAUUGCCCUACCGGCCCUACCUCACAGCUGAAACUUUAAAAACCAGGAUGGGCCGCCAGCCACCUCCUCCAACUCAACAACGUUCUAUAAAGGAUAAC